CACUGUAUGAAGGAAUUUGAACAACCUGAGUGCUGCCAGGGACACUGGGGUCCAGACUGCAUGGCAUGUCCGGGAGGAGCUGCGUCACCAUGCAACGGGAGAGGACACUGCUCCCAGGGUAUAACUGGGGAUGGAAUGUGCACUUGUCAGAAAGGGUUUGGUGGGACAGCCUGUGAAAAAUGUGCUGAAGAGAAUUUAUUUGGUCCUCACUGCACAUCAGUUUGCAACUGCGUUCAUGGAGUAUGCAACAGUGGAAUUACGGGGGAUGGAAGAUGCACUUGCUUGUCUGGAUACAAAGGGCUCAGCUGUGAUCAGCCGAUAGCUGAAUGCGAAGCCUUGGAUUGCCCUCCAAACUCCAGAUGCACUGCCUCGGGUGAGGAUGGAAGACAACUGCAAUGCACAUGUCUGCCCAACUACCAUGGGGAUGGUACACAAUGUGAAGCUAUCAACCCAUGCUCCGAAAAGGUCUGCGAUCCCAACGCCGACUGCAUUUACCUCGGACCAAAUCAGCACAAAUGUACCUGUCAAGAAGGUUACAGAGGGGACGGUCAAGUCUGCUUACCUAUAGACCCCUGCCAAGCAACAUAUGGGAAUUGCCCUGCACAGUCUACCGUUUGCAUAUAUGAUGGUCCAGGAAAGUCCCACUGUGAAUGCAAGGAGCAUUACACCAACUUUGUACCUGGGAAAGGAUGCAGCAUGACAGACAUCUGUGAAACAAACAAUACUUGCCAUAAAAAAGCUAAAUGCUCAAUGGUUGCACCAGGACAGAUUACGUGUACGUGUCAGGGUGGCUCUGUGGGGAACGGGUUUGUGUGCUAUGGAAACAUUAUGGAGCGUCUUCAAGACCUGAAUUCAGAAGUGGGAGGACGGUGGCAAGGCAAGCUGACAUCUGCCUUAUCACUCAUGGAAAAUGUCUAUGAAUGGCCGCUGAGUACUCUGGGACCAUUUACCGUGCUUGUACCGACAAACAAAGGGCUCAAAGGUACAAAUAUAAAGGAUCUUCUGAAUAAUAAACAAAAAGCACAGUACUUCGUGAAACUCCACGUAAUUGCUGGUCAGUUGAAUACCAGUAGCUUGAAUAAUACUGAUAUAAUAUAUACACUGACUGGCAAAUCAGGAGAGAUAUCCCAGGGAGAAAAGGAUAAUCAAUUAAGAAUUAGAAUCCAAGGAGGAAGGAGGAAAGGAAAGAUUUUGCAUGGAAAUAUUUUUGCUUCCAAUGGGAUUUUGCACAUUAUUGACAAAGCCAUGGACAACGUGGAGCCAACAUUUGAAAGCAGCAAAGAGGAAACCAUAAUGUCAGUACUUCAGGAUAAUGGGAGAUACAGCCAAUUUACAUCUUUGAUAGAGAAAACUGGUCUGGGAAUGGAUUUACAGCAGGACAACAAGCCUUACACAGUCUUUGUUCCAAGUAAUGAGGCUUUGAGUAACAUGAAAUCUGAGGAUCUGGAUUACCUGCUUUCUGCAGAGGGUUCAUGGAAGUUGCUGGAGCUGGUCCGAUACCACAUUGUCUCCAACACUGAGCUAGAGGUUGCCAGCCUCAUCUCAAUAGAGCACAUCACAAGCAUGGCGAAGCAGUUCAUUUACUUUAACAGGACCAGCACUGGACAAGUAUUGGUGAGUGGAGAAGAAAUAGAAGAAACAGAUAUUGUUGCAAAAAAUGGACGCAUUUAUACUCUUGCAGGAGUUCUCAUCCCACCCACAAUUGUUCCAAUUCUACCGCAUCGGUGUGACGAGACAAGAAGUCAAGUUGCAAUGGGUAACUGUGCAACUUGUUCAUCACAUGCAUUGGCUACCUGUCCACAGGAUUCAAAGCCCAUUCCUUUCUCAAAACGCAGAUGCAUUAUUGAAGGCCCAACCUUUCAAAAAACUGGCUGUACUAGAGCCUGCAAUAUAACAAUAAAGGAACCGAAGUGUUGCAAAGGCUUCUUUGGCCCUGACUGCAGUCCAUGUCCAGGAGGUUUCUCCAAACCCUGCUCAGGAAACGGGCAGUGCAUGGAUGGCCUGGAUGGAAAUGGGACCUGCAUUUGUGCUAAGGCAUUUCAAGGCUCACACUGUCAGUUCUGCUCCGACUCCAGCAAAUACGGACCUCAGUGUGACAAAGAGUGCCUCUGCAUUUACGGGAAGUGUGAUAACCGAAUAGACAGCGACGGGAUCUGUCUUCCUGGAUCAUGCAGAAGUGGAUACACAGGGAAACUCUGUGAUAAGCAAGUUAUUCCCUGUGAGCCCUCCCUAUGGCUCUGCCACGCACAUGCAGACUGUCAGCUUAGCGAUGGUGCAGUGAGCUGUGUUUGCAAACCUGGCUAUGAGGGAGAUGGCAUGAGCUGCAGCAAAAUCGAUCCUUGUGCUGCUUUAAACCCAGGUGGCUGCAAUAUCAAUACGGGCCCAGGAGAGCACACAUGCGUUUGCCAGGCAGGAUGGACAGGCGAUGGAAGGGACUGCUCAGCCAUCAACAACUGCCUGCUGCCUGCCGCAGCAGGGUGCCACGAUAACGCCACCUGCAUAUACAUUGGGCCCGGUCAGAAUGACUGCAAGUGUAAAGAUGGAUUUCGGGGGAAUGGAAUUGAAUGCACACCCGUAAACUCAUGCCUGGAACAAAAUGGAAAAUGCCAUCAUCUGGCAACUUGUCAGUUUGAGUCUUCUCGUGGCUGGGAGUGUGUGUGCCCAAAGGGCUACGAAGGAGAUGGUAGAAUAUGCUAUGGAAAUGCUGCAGCUGAGUUAUCUACUCUAUCAGAAGCAGCAGCAUUUAACCAAUGGGUUAAUGAGGCUGAGAUAAACUCGGUAUUGUCAACCACCUCAAACCUAACUGUCCUCGUUCCUUCUCUCCAAGCAAUUGAAAACAUGGAUGAAGAUGAGAAAGCCUUUUGGAUGUCAAAGAGUAACAUCCCAACUCUACUGAAGUAUCACGUAUUGACAGGAGCUUACAGCUUUGCUGAUUUCCAGAAUUUAUCAUCAUCUGACAUGCUGGCAACAUCUCUACAGAGCAACUUUCUACACUUGUCUAAAGAAAAUGGGAACGUCACCCUUGAGGGCGCUCACAUCGUGGCUGGCGACAUUGCAUCCACAAAUGGGAUCAUACACGUUAUUGAUAAGGUUCUGACCCCACUCCGCAGCACCGUCAUGCCAAGGCUGCUGGCCCGCCUGGAGCAAAUGCCCGAUUACUCCAUUUUCAGGGGCUACAUUAUUCAAUACAGCCUGGCAAAUGAAAUAGAGGCUGCAAAUACAUACACAGUCUUUGCCCCAAGUAAUGAUGCCAUAGAAAAUUACCUAAGGGAUAAGAAGUCUACUGCUCUGGAUAAAGGCCAAAUCCUCUAUCAUGUUGUUCUGGAUGAGAAGCUCCUGAAGAACAGCCUGCACAAUGGCAUGCACAGGGAGACCAUGCUAGGGUUCUCCUACCAGGUUGGGUUCUUCCUCCACAACGACCAGCUAUUCAUAAAUGAUGCACCUAUAAGCUAUACAAAUGUUGCAACAGACAAAGGAAUUAUUCAUGGAUUGGGAAAGGUCCUGGAAAUCCAGAAGAACAGAUGUGACAUCAAUGAUAGCGUGAUCAUCGAAAAGUGUAGAAGUUGUUCGUACCCGUCAAGGUGUCCCCCAAGAACAAAAGAAAUAACAGGAGCAAAGAAAUACUGUGUUCUCUCGGAAAACAACAUGAGAUUGUACACCAUCCAGAUCGGGUGCCAGACAAAGUGUGCUAAAACUGUCAUUACGCGGGAGUGCUGCGCAGGUUUCUUCGGACAGCAGUGCCAGCCCUGCCCGGGAAAAGCGGGGAACGCCUGCUUCGGAAAUGGCGUCUGCCUGGAUGGCAUCAAUGGUACGGGUGCCUGCGAGUGUGGAGUGGGGUUUGUCGGCACGGCCUGCGAAAGCUGCAUCGAAGGCAAAUAUGGCCGCAACUGUGAUCAAGCCUGUGCCUGCGUCCACGGGAAAUGCAGCAGCGGGAUCGACGGGGACGGCUCCUGUGAAUGUGACGUUGGCUGGAGAGGGGUGACAUGCGAGACCGAAAUCAAAGAGGACGCAUGUAAUGCCUCCUGCCAUACCAGUGCUAAUUGCCUUCUCCUAUCAAAUGGCACUGCCUAUUGCAAGUGUGCAGCUGGGUUUGAGGGAAACGGGACUUUCUGCACAGCUAUUGAUGCUUGCAAGACUAGCAACGGUGGCUGUUCUGCCAAGGCAGAGUGCAGAAGAACAACGCCUGGCAAUAGAGUGUGCGUCUGCAAUGCUGGGUACACUGGAGAUGGAACAGUCUGCAUCGAAAUCAACCCUUGUCUGGAGAGCCAUGGUGGAUGUGAUAGAAAUGCAGAAUGCACACAGACUGGACCCAAUCAAGCGGUAUGUAACUGCUUGAAGGGAUACUCUGGAGAUGGUAAAAGAUGUACAUAUAUCAGUCUGUGUUCACAAAAUAAUGGAGGCUGCAGUGAAUUUGCCAUCUGUAAUGACACCGAGCUGACAGAAAGGACCUGCACCUGCAAACAUAACUACGUUGGGGAUGGAUUUAAGUGCCGAAGCAAUAUCUUCCAGGAACUUCUCAGAGACUCCAACACAUCUAGGUUUUAUUUCCAUUUAGAGGCCUUGUCUAUCAGAGAUAUUGCAGGCCCUGGCCCUUUCACUCUGUUCGUACCUCACACAGACGUACUAAACAACGACCCACGAGUCAAGGACUGGAUUGCCAAAGGAAUGAUGGCUCAAGUCCUCCGGUACCAUAUGGUGAGCUGUGCCAGUCUGCUGUACAGCGACCUGACAACAAUCACCAACAUCACCUCUCUCCAAGGGGACCCGAUACACAUCAGCUCCUCUCAGAACUCGCUGGUUUUGAACAACAAAGCUGAAAUUAUACUCAGUGAUGCCGUGGGCACAAAUGGUGUGAUCCAUGUUAUAAACCAAAUUCUGGUGCCAUCACAUAUGCAGGAUUUCCCCCUUAAAAAGGAAAGCCUUAAGAUUGUUGCAGCCAAACAUGGAUACAUCCUAUUCAGCAGUUUGCUAGAGAAAAACAACCUGCUUGGGCUGAUCAAUGAUCCUAUUCACAAACCCGUCACGCUCUUCUGGCCCACAGACACAGCUAUCCGUGGGCUGCCACAGGAGCAGCAGGACUUCCUCUUCAAGAAGUCCAACACGGACAAGCUGGUGCAGUACCUCAAAUUCCAUGUUGUCCGCGAUGCUGCGGUGUUGGCCUUCCAGCUUCCCCGCUCUACCUCAUUGAAGACCCUGCAGGGCUCCAACCUCAGCGUUAGCUGUGGGGAUAAUGGGGAUAUCGGCGCCCUUUUCCUGAAUGACAGACAGUGUAAGAUAGUGCAGCGGCAGCUGGAGUUUGAUGGGGGCAUCGCCUACGGCAUCAACUGCCUGCUGACAGACCCCAGCCUAGGAGGACGUUGUGACAGCUUCUUUACCAUGGAUUUCAUGGGGCAUUGUGUUAGCUGUUUCAGUAAUUCUAAAUGCCCUCCAGGGACAAAACCAAAGGAAGGGAUUCAGUGGUGCACGUACGAGUCUUACGGGCUGCGGAGGGAUGGCUGCCGUAGGAACUGCUCCAUGGUCAUCCAGACAGCCAAGUGCUGCAAGGGCUACUUCGGGCCAGACUGCCAAGCUUGCCCAGGAGGCCCAGAGACCCCAUGCAACAACCACGGGGCCUGUGAUGAUGGGUACAGUGGGACAGGAGAGUGUCACUGCAACAGCGGCUUCAACGGGACUUCGUGUGAGCUGUGCUUGCCAGGCAGAUAUGGCUCCAACUGCAGGCCCUGCGAAUGCAAGACCAACGGGCAGUGUGACGAAGGAUAUUUGGGAACAGGACGCUGCUUCUGUGAAACAGGAUGGACUGGCCGGCUAUGUGAAACCAAGCUAGCUCUGCAGCCAGUGUGUUCCCCGAGCUGCUCUGCCAACGCUGUCUGCAUGGAGAACAACACCUGUCAGUGCAAGCCGUUUUACAACGGGGAUGGGAUCACAUGCACAGCUGCAGACCUUUGCAAACAAAACAACGGCGGGUGCCACAAGGCAGCUGAAUGCACACAGCUCGGGCUAAAAGUCUUCUGCAACUGCCAGAAAGGAUACAAAGGCGACGGCUUUACAUGCCUUCCAAUAAAUCCUUGCGCCGAUGGGUUCAACGGAGGCUGCCAUGAGCAUGCCAUUUGCACUGUCAUAGGACCUGACAAACGCAAGUGCGAGUGUAAAAAUAACUACAUUGGUGAUGGGCUGAACUGCUCGGUGAUGCAACUUCCUCUUGACCGCUGCUUGCAAGACAACGGGCAGUGCCACCCUGAUGCUGACUGUGCCGAUCUCCACUUCCAAGAUACCACCGUUGGGGUUUUCCACUUACGGUCCCCACAAGGGCAGUACAAAAUGACUUAUGAGAAGGCAAAGGAGGCCUGUGCCAACGAGUCAGCCACCAUCGCUACGUAUAACCAGCUGCUGUACGCGCAGAAGGCGAGGUACCACCUGUGCGCUGCUGGCUGGCUAGACAGCGAAAGAGUGGGCUACCCAACUGCCUUCUCCUCCCCAAACUGCGGCUCCGGGUACGUUGGCAUUGUGGACUAUGGGAGAAGAGUCAACCUGAGUGAAACCUGGGACGUCUUCUGCUAUAGGGAGAAAGAGGUGAACUGCACCUGCAAGCCAGGCUACGUGGGGGACGGCUUCUCCUGCAGCGGGAACUUGCUGCAAGUGCUGAUGUCCUUCCCAACGCUGACAAACUUCUUGUCGGACGUCAUGGCUUACUCCAACAGCUCUAGGAAGGGGAGAGAGUUCCUGCGGUACCUCACAGACCUGUCAGUGCACGCCACUCUCUUUGCUCCAAACGACAAUGGGUUAAGCGAAAAUGAGACACUUUCUGGGCGAGACAUUGAAUAUCAUUUAUCUAAUGCCAGCAUAAUGUUUUAUGAGGACUUAACCAACGGAACCACUCUUCUAACUCGUCUAGGGGAAAAACUUCUCAUUACAAACCCCAAGGGCCAGGAACAUCACGCCCCCACUACUCAACAGGGCGAGAUCAGAUACGUAGACGGAAGUGCUAUUGUUGAGUGGGAUAUAAUUGCUUCCAACGGGAUUAUCCACAUUAUUUCAGAACCUUUAAAGGCUCCACCAGCACAUGCUCCUCUCCAUGCUGGUACCGGGACAGGAAUAUUCUUUGGCAUCUUCCUGGUUACUGGAGUUGUGGCUUUUAUUGGAUAUUCUUACCUCAGGUUCAAGAAGAGAAACACAGGCUUCCAACACUUCAAGUCAAAAGAUGACACUGACGUAACGCCACUGGACAAGUCACGGCCUUCAAAUAUCAGCAACCCCUCGUAUGAAAGUUCUUCUGAAGUGACUCCACCAGAACCUACUUACGAUCUUUUCUCAGAUUCAGAUGACCAGCAGCUUGUGAUGAGUGGUCCUCAUGAUCAGAAUUAAAGAUUGAAUUUGGCAUUAGUCAAUUAUGAAACACAUUUCAACUUACUGGGAAAAAAACAGCAUCUACACAUUUCAGGGAAUAAAGUCUCAUUACAAAUUAAGAACCGAAAAAGCACAGCUUCGUUUAAGAUGCAGUCUACGGAGUUCAGAGAGUUACCAACCUCAGAAGUGUUGGCUGUAUCUGAGCAAUACCAACUGUGAGUGCCAAAUGCAAAACUGAGUCUCAACCAACCUUCAGAGAGGUGUCUGUCUGCUUCUGGGUAAAGUAGACUCUCACUAGCCUGAUUUUUACUUGCUUUUACUCUCUUUACAGAUUUUAAAAUGCCUCAAAUACACAAGGCUGCUAACUUGGCAAAUAUCCUAAAUUUGCUAGCACUCCAGCUCUACAAUUUCAUUUUGGCUCAGUUACAACUACAACUGGCAAGUGUGAAACUGAACAUGUGUUAAACCUGUAUUUUUAAAGACUGAGGGGAUUCUUUGCUAGUAUACUUUCUUGUAAGGAUUUCAGCAGCAGGAAACACAAAUACCCUCUCCGCACCACUUGGUCCUCCACUCUUCCCUCCAACGACAGCAUUUUGUUUACAUCUCACCUCCCUGGACAAAGGGAAAUACUAUAGUAAUUGUAGCAGCUUUAGCAAGGAAUACAGGCGAUACGAGAGCGUUCAAAUAGCAAUCAAGUUUUACUUGAGCCAUCUUUGUGAAAAGUGGACAAUGAAGAUAUAACCUCUCCAUGUCAUCUCCACAUUCAGUUUUUUAGGUCUGAGAGGCGCAGAAGCUACCUGCUUAUUCACACACAGUAUUUUCACCAAGCACAUUAACAUUGCCUUUCAAGCAAUGCACAGCAAUAACAGCUGAAAAUUUCACAGUACUAUUAGAAGUGAAUCAAACGUCACUUUGAUUUGCUGUUGUUUCCUUCUCUCAAAACAUUUAAUAUCACUGCAAAUUGUGAGAACGCUAUAGAAACCACAGAACAGCAAGAAAACAAAAAUUUCCUGACUGGCAGCAGUAACAUUCCCUUACAAUAUGCUUCCCGGUGUCCACCACACGUGGGGGGCAGGAGGGAAGGUGUCACUCCAGGGAAGUGGUAGUUACCUCUGAGAGCAACCCCAGGGUGCCUCCCAUCAGAACAAGGCAGACAGGCACAUCCAGGGCUGACACAGCUAUCAGGCACAAGCAAGGGAAUCUAAUGUGCAAAUGUGCCUGGGUGAAAGAAACAGGCUAAAGUAAUUCCCCUAACUGCAGGGGACCCUGUAGGGCACAUGCCUACCUGGUUUUACCUGUAAGAUAUCAAAAAAGCAUAGAACACACAUGGGGUUCCCCACAGAGGGGACCAGGAGAUAAAGGGUUUUCCCCACAGUGUUUUGCAUUAAUACAACUACGUUUUUACCUUUUCCCCAGUCACCCAAAAUACUAAGGCUCACAGGGACCAGGAGAUAAAGUCCAAGCAUUUAUUUUUGUAAUAAUCAUUACAUAUUUUUAAUCACAAAAAGAAAUUCCACAGUUCAUUAAACUCUUCUUUUACUGACAGACUAUUCUCCUCUGUAUUUUUCAUAGAACAGAAUGAAAAUUUCUUCUUAUUUUGGUGUUCAAAUGAACUAUACUCCUAAUAUAAAGAGACAUUGCCCUUUAAACAUGCUCAAAAAUUUAUUUGAAAUCAGUAACACGGUUAAAAUAAGUAAUGAAGAAUGCACCAAGGUGAAAUCAUUACAAAAAUCAAGACUUUUUUAAAAGUUAAAGAGCAUUCUAGCACUGAAAAAUAAAUAAUACCCUUUAAAAUUCUCACUUAAAUUCAUAUUAUAUAUAUUGGGGUGUUUCAAAGGAACAUAACCCUCCCAUAAUUUUUUUUUCAUGCAAUGUUGUUUAUUUCAAGAAGUCAUGCAAUAUAAACAGGAUUUUACUUCAGCUGGCUGCUGUAACAUAGUUUUGUACAGAAGUUUGAUUUGUAAGUUAAGAGAAAGGAAAGGGGAGAGGAGAAAAUCAUCUUGAAACAAAAUGCAUAUUAUGUGAAUAGCAGCAUCCAAUCCAAUUAAACUGCUCCUGCUUAACACAGGAAAAUUAGGCAAACUGACUCCUAGCCAGCAUUAGAAGAAUAAACAUUCCCAAGCUAUAACCAACAAAACGUUGCCAAAUUCAAUAAUGCAGAAGUGAGUAACACAAUAUUAUUAUCUGCUGAUAGUAAGAUAG